GGCCGGGCGGAGCUCUGUGCGGGGCAGCGGGGCCGGGCGGAGCUCCGUGCGCAGCGCCGGGCGGGGCGGAGGCAGCCGCAGCAGCAGCAAGAGCAGGAGCCGCAGCCGCCGCGAGCGGAGCGACAGCCCGGCGCCAUGAAGUUCCAGUACAAGGAAGACCACCCGUUCGAGUACAGGAAAAAAGAAGGGGAGAAGAUCCGGAAGAAAUACCCCGACAGAGUCCCCGUCAUCGUGGAAAAAGCACCCAAAGCCAGAGUACCUGACUUAGACAAAAGAAAGUAUCUCGUGCCUUCCGACCUCACAGUUGGUCAGUUCUACUUCUUAAUCCGGAAGCGGAUCCACCUGAGGCCGGAAGAUGCUUUGUUCUUCUUCGUCAAUAACACCAUCCCUCCCACCAGUGCUACCAUGGGCCAGCUCUAUGAGGAUAACCAUGAGGAGGAUUAUUUUCUCUAUGUGGCCUACAGCGAUGAGAGCGUCUAUGGCAAUGUAGUCAACUGAUAAACUCGUAAGCACAGGGCUAGAAAGGACUUCAGGAGCCCUAACCAGCUGUGAGACAGGACUGAGUAUACCAAACAUGUUCACCGUGGCUGCUCAUCACUUGUUCUAACUGAACUUCACUGCAGAAGAUCCUGGAGGCUGCUGAGAUUGUCUGUUCAGUUCCUAGCUAGCCUACAAGUGAGAUUGCUUUUCCUGAUACCUAACUUUAGUCACCCUUGCUGUGCAUUAAGGCAACUAACUACUAGUGGUCUUGUUUUUGGCAAACACAGAAAAUUAUCUAUCAGUGUUGUCCUUGUACCAGUCUUCUGCAGAUUUGAGGAUGGCAGAAUUCCUGUGGGUUUAGCCUUCCCUUCCAUCUCUCAUCCCUGUACAGCCCUUGCACCACGUGCACAAGCGUAGGAAAUCAGUCACUGCCACAUGUGUUUUGCUGGCUUUUUGUGAUUGGGUAACAGUGCCUCUCUAUGCCACAAGAGAGGUUCUUUUAGAUUUGAAGGGAAAAGGGAAUAAGUUAUCUGUAGAUUUUUUUCUUAAAUUAUUUUAUUUUAAGCCAGUGUUGUUCUUAGAAAGGUGCCAGAUGGGUGCUGUCCUGUGCAAGCCUUACGCUGUCAUGCCAAAGCAGUUUCUUCCCAGUGGCACGAACAGCAGAUUUUCCCAUUACUGCCAUAACUGUGAUGAGGGAAUGGGUCUUGGAGAGUGAGCUGACUUUCAGGAAAAUUCUGGGGUCUUAUCUAAAAAUCAGAGAACUAGGCCUGAAUUACUGUAAACAUUCCUACAUUUAAGAGAGGGACCAAGAGGGAAGAAAAGAGAAGGAUGAAGAAUACAGGUGAAUUCCAAAUUAUGUUGAAGGUGUUUGCUCAGUUUACUUAUGUGUAAAGUUAGGUCAGCAUUUCCUGUGUUCCUCAGGAAUGAGAAAUCAAGAUGAGUGUCCUCUGAGUGUGGGGAACAGGAAAUCAGGUUUCAGCCUUCUCUGACUGUUGUUACAUGGAGGUGCAUGAGGCAGGAGAGCUCAUGGGAGUGUCAAGUGGGAGUUACUGGCAAAACUCUGUGAAGGUCAGGGAAAGCAGCAUGGUGGGGCAGGAGAGUUACUGCCUGUGUGGGGUGGGAAGUACCAGAAGAAUAGGAGAGAAGGGAGGAACCACAAAGGAUGCAGAUGGAGUAGUCAGAACAGGCAGACAGAAAAUGAGGGAGCAAAGGAUGAAGUGGGUGGUGUAAUAUCCCCAGUAUUACAUCCUGAACUUAAGGUUUGCUGUUCCAUCCUGUGUUCAUCUGGAGUAAAUGUGCUAGGAUGAGUUGUACCUACUGCCAACAUAGAUAACUUCAGUUUCUGCCUGCACUGCUCAGUCCUCUCUUUUAGACUCACUCUCCUAGAGCUCCCAGGCUCUCUUCACAUCUUUUUAGUGCAAAUCUGCAUCGAUCUCUUGUUUUAGGAAGCUCUGAAUAUUCUGAAGCAGAGAACAGAUCCAGGAGUCUUUCUAGGAUAGAAGACGCAGGCAGAUGGUGUGCAUCUCUCUGCUGCUGUCCCACUUGUUCAUGCCAAGCACGUGGUUAAGCACACUCAGGGGAGAAAGAGUUGGCAUCUGGGGUGCUUGGCUUUGUGUUCAGUCCUCCCCUCCCACUGCUGAGUUUAUAAAUGACACGUGGGACUAAUCACAACUGUUUGUUACGUGUAGAGUUUACGAUUUAAUUUAGUUCUUUUACAGUUCUUUCAACUGAAUUGUGGCAUUUCUGUUUUUGUGCUAGUAUUGUACAAGGUAAUGAUGGUAAUUUUUUUGUGUUGGUUAGCUGCAGGUUCUUGUAAAAUAAAGUUCAGACUAGAGCUUAAUCAACUUAUCAAUAAAGAUGCAUUUGAAAAUCA